AUUUCUAUUUAUGGUACGGUUAUUUAUGGUGUGCUCGUAAUUUUGUACCUGUGGCCGCUUGGCUUUUGGAUUCAAUAUUCUUCAAAAACCUAUCCAUUAUCAUUGUGUAGCAAGAAUUUAUUUUAGAUCAAGGUCAUUAGUUAACCGUUUAGCAGAUUUGUGGCUCUAUGUGAUAGAUAUUGGAGGGAAAUUUAUUUUAAUUGGUGGUGAAGUUAGUAGAAAGAAUAGGAGAUGGUGGACGUUGAAAAGCUAAGUGACGCAGAAUUGCGCACAAAACUUUUAGAAUUCGGUUUCCCCGUAAUGCCCAUAACGGGAACAACAAGAAAGGUUAUGGCAAAGAAGUUGAAAAUGUUAUUGGAUAAUAAGAAUAAAAUUGGAUCUGAUGGAGGAAGAAGAUCUAUGGGUAUGGGGCGAUAUUCUAGUGAGGAAGAUAGCGACUCUGAACUCAAGACUACUAAAAGAAAAGAUAAUAGAAGGAUUACAAUGGCUGCUCCAAUAAUGCAACCCCCUUCUUCUAACACAAAGGUUAGGAAAAGUACUCGGCUGAAUGAAACAUUUGAACCCGAAAUAGCGACCGAGAUUUCUAGUCCUGUGAAGAGAGAUUUACGAACAACAACAACAUCCUCAUCUACCACAAGAACCCAGAAACUCAUCAAGGCCGUUCAAGACGAAUUCGAUCAAGACGAAUUCGAUACGGGAUCCGAUUCCGAAUCGGACGUCGCUGUCAAGUACAAGCCGACGCGUGAAAGCGUCGCAGACAACAACAGGAGUUCCCCGGUGCGGCCGACGUCGACCAAUCCUUAUGCGAUCAAGUACUCGCCUCCGCAAUCCCCCGAGAAUUCUUAUUCAUCGAGGAACGUUUCUUACAACGCUAAUGCGUCGCCCAGCCGGCCGUCGAGUUACAAUUCGCCUUCGUUGGCCUCCGAGUACGCCAGCGACAGGUUGAAUCAGAUCAGGUCGCGGUUGAGUCUGACCAAUCCAGCUUAUGAAACGCCUUCAUAUUCGUCGAAUUCGCUGGAAAAAGAGGAGACGCCAUUUUUGAGCAAUUUCACCAGAAGAUUAUCAGCUCUAUCCAACCAGAAAAGUGAAUAUGAUGAAAAUGAUGUAAUAAAAGAACAUGAUUCUAAUGGAUCAAGUUAUCCUAGGAGUCCUCUUAGCAAUUUCAGAUCUACUAGGGGACGGGACACAACUUACGAUUACAAAUCUAACCAGAACAAUAUAUUGAAGAACAAUUUCGUUUCCUUUGCUGUUUUGGCUGGAGCAGCCUUAUUUUUCGUUGUGUUAGCCAUAAUGUACAUGGGGAUGAGAUCGGACACAUCGGUGAUUCCUUCUGAUUAUGUUAUACCAAAAUGUAUCCGAAACGACGCUACAACAAAAAAAGGAGUGAACUGCCUCGAAGAUGAUGACAUAAAAAAUGCCAUCGAUUUAUUGAUGGUAUUGAAACCUGAACUUCAGAAACGGGCUAUAGCGAAUAAAUGUUUUGAUAUAACCCUAAAGCCACAUAUGACAGAAUCUGAAAUAAUCAAUUUUUGUGUGACAAAUUUUGCUUUAAAUGAUGCCGAACAAAUUAGAGGAGACUUACGUAAUCUGGAAAUUUUGACUUUCAACAACCCCCAAUGGGGUUUGAAUGUUGUACAGACUGAAGACAAUAAUGGAUUAGUUAGCGAAACUGAUGUAGCUAAAAAUAUGGAACAAGUAGUAUUUAAUUAUGAGAACAAAGUGACAAGCUUGGUGAUGCUGAGCCCAGAACUACCAUGGAAGUGCACAUUUUACAAGUCUUUCUAUUUUGCCUUCAGCAGUUUGGUAUUUGUUAUACUGAUAUUUGGAUCAUUAUACCUCCUCAAUAUGGGUUUCAAACAGUAUAAGCUUCAUGAACAGAAACAGAAAGACGAAAUUGGUUUUAUGGUAGAGAAGAUAAUCGAUAUAUUACAGUCGAGUGCCAGUGAAGAAGGAGGUGAAAACUUUGUUGUCAUUAAUCAUGUCAGGGACAUGAUUCUACCAGUGAUUGAUCGACAAAAAAAAAGAAACACGUGGGCGAAAGCUGUCAAAUUCAUCAAUGAGAAUGAAUCCAGAGUAAGAACUGAAGUUCAAGAGGUGAAAGGUGAACCAUUCGAGGUGUGGAGGUGGAUAGGAUCUGCAAAUAUCAGUGUAGGCUGGGACCGCUCCGAAUUUAACUAUCGCCAUGGAAGAAGAAUAAUUGAUGUAGAAUACUUUCUCUCAGAAGUACUGAAGUUCCCGCACAAACGCCUGAGAUUGUGCAACAAUUCCGACGUAAAACUGAAACAUGAAGUGCGAGAAGGUUUCGUUUCCGUGUUUGUAUUGCACUGUCAGAAAUGCCAAAACGAGUACUCCGUAUGUAGCGAAGAUCCUAAUUCCGAGUUGAUGAACGCUAAUUUAGCUCUCGUAGCUGGAAUAGUGAGUUUGGGAUUGGGAUUGUAUCAGUUGAACGAACUAUGUAGCUCCCUACAUAUUCCAGCCAUCUCCGGAGAAAACUAUAACCAAUACUUGGAAGAGAUUUGUGAAAUAUAUAAUGAAACGGAGGGGGAAGUGAGUGAAGGCGUGGUAUUCGAUAAAAUACUAGUACGUACAUCAACACCCAAGAGCCAAGAAACAGUCGAACAUAGAACUAGGAAAGAUAUGUUCUUGAAGGAUCUUGCUAAAACUCCCGAAGAAAUCGAGAAACUUUCAAAACUAACAUUGGAUCAGGGAGCGAAUCCAUUGUGGUUCGAAGAAAGAAAAAAGCGUCUGACAGCUUCUAAUUUCGGGAGAAUUUGCAAACUCCUAGAAUCGACAGAUCGGAAAAAAGUUGCCCAAGAAUUAUUGCACUCGAGUUUCAUGGGAAACAUUUACACUAGAUAUGGAAAUGACAAUGAAGAAAACGCCAUCCGAGACUUUCAACUAUUGACAGGGAAAAAAGUUAUUAACUGUGGACUCUUCAUAGAUCGGAAUCAUCCAUUUUUAGCUGCUUCCCCAGAUGGUCUGAUUGAUACAGAUGCCAUUGUUGAGGUCAAGUGUCCGUAUAAAGCCAAAGAUGUCACACCUGAGGAAGGCAUCAAACAGAAAUUGAUUCAGUUCGCCACCUUUGAAAACGGGGUAUUUUCGCUGAAAAGAACUGAUAAGUAUUAUUAUCAAGUGCAAGGUCAACUUUUUGUAACAGGCAGAAGCAUUUGUUAUUUCAUUGUCUGGACCCAGUUUGGAUUGCUUUAUGAACAAAUUACGAAGGAUGAAGGUCUUUGGAACGAAAUGUUUCCUAAAUUGAAAGAGUUUUACUUCCAGCAUUUGUUACCUACCAUUCUUGAAAAAUGUUGAUAUUCUAUUAAUGUUUAUUGUGAACAUUAUAUGGGCUCAUUCGGCAAGGAUCUGAAACAUAUGAUAUUGAAUAUCUAGUCACAAUGAAUAUAAGUGUGUCAAAAUAUCGAGCUGGUCCGGGGUGUCCAUAUUCGAAUCGAGAUUAUAGGAACUCUAUUUAGAUAUGUCUUGCUAAAACCGUUAAUUCUUAACAACAGCAACAUGAAUAUUGUAUGCCAAGUAAAUAGUACAUGUUGUUAAUGAAUAUAGUUCGAGCUUUGAAAACACGAAAUACGAUUCACUCCCAUUCAGAGAUAAAAAUUAACAAAUAAGUCUUCUGGUCUUUAGACAUUCUAUAUAAGAGUUUCAGUAUCUUCAUUAUGUUUAUAUGUUUAUAUAACAUGCAAAAUACACCAAAUAUUGUUGCAUAACUAUACAUAUAGUAUUAGGUCGGCAGUUAAAUAUUUAAGUUAUAUUUGAAUGAAUGAAUUCAAAGCAUUGCAGAGUAUUAUUUUAUUUUGAUACAAAUAUAAUACAUAUAUACAAAUAUAAUUAUUCUGUAUACAUUUCAAGCCUUCAUAUGUAUUUUUUACAUACUUAAAGUUGAGUAUUCCUGCUCGCUCAUAUUUCCCUUCGUAUAUUUAAGAGAUUCACAAGUCAUAUGCAUUCUGGUGAUUGAUGAUUUCCAUGAGAAACGUCAAGUUCAUAAUAUAAUAUACGAUGAUAAAUGCGAACAAGAUCAGGAAUAGGUACACCUAAUAUAUUUUAUUUCAUGUUAUAAAAAUGUUAUAAUCUUGCACAUUUUAAACAUGUUCUUUUACAUAAAAUGUUCUAUAUUUCCUAAUAAACUAAUCGUUCAG